AAUUCAAGGAUGGAUGGAAUUUCUUAUGCAUUGUCCUUCCUCUUCUUGAAAAUAUAAUGUCCAUUUCGCGUGUAAUGUAAUUUCUUACACACAUACAUGUCUGCAAGUUUGUAGAAUACUAUUUAUUCUGCUGUACUCUAUCUCCUGUUAAAUGUGGAGUUACUCGAGUACACCGCCAAGCAGUGGACAAUUAGUUGCCAUUUUUGUGGGAUUCGUAGUCGUUUUUGUGAAGAUCACAUUAUUGGUUGCAGUAUGCAGAAAAAGGAAUCAGAGUAGGAUUUCUGAUAAUAAACCAAGUUUUCUCACUCUCACAAUGGACAAAUUUCUGAAUGACAUGGAAAGAGAGAAGCCCAUCAGAUUUACUUCUCAACAACUUCGGAUUGCAACUGAUAACUUCACCAACUUGCUGGGAUCAGGAGGGUUUGGUGCAGUUUAUAAAGGAAUAUUUAGUAAUGGAACCCUUGUGGCAGUCAAGGUUCUAAAUGGUACCUCUGACAAGAGAAUUGAAGAACAAUUCAUGGCGGAAGUUAGUACCCUUGGCAGGAUUCAUCAUUUCAACUUGGUUCGUCUUCAUGGUUUCUGCUUUGAGAGACACCUCAGAGCACUUGUUUAUGAGUAUAUGCCAAAUGGUUCACUUGACAAGUUUCUGUUCCAUGGAAACAGGAUUGUAGGAUUCGAAAAGCUUCAUGACAUUGCGGUUGGGACAGCUAGAGGGAUUGCUUACUUGCACGAAGAAUGCCAGCAGCGAAUAGUCCACUACGACAUAAAGCCUGAAAAUAUUCUUUUGGAUGUGAACUUCUUUCCUAAAGUAGCUGAUUUUGGUUUGGCGAAGCUGUCCAACAGAGACAACAGUCAUAUAACAAUGACAGGGGGGAGGGGAACUCCUGGUUAUGCUGCACCAGAAGUUUGGCUGCGGUUUCCUAUAACCCACAAGUGUGAUGUGUACAGCUUUGGUAUGCUAUUAUUUGAGAUCAUAGGUAGAAGAAGGAACCUAGACCUGAAUCUUCCGGAGAGUCAAGACUGGUUUCCGAGGUGGGUAUGGAAGAAGUUUGAAGCUGGACAACUGGGAGAGCUAAUACUAGUUUGUGGCAUAGAGGAGAAAGAUAAAGAGAUAGCAGAGAGAAUGGUAAAAGUAGCUAUAUGGUGUGUUCAGUAUAGGCAUGAGUUGAGGCCUUUGAUGAGUGUGGUGGUGAAAAUGCUGGAAGGAGCACUUGAAAUUCCUGAACCUUCAAUUAACCCAUUUCAGCACUUGAUGCCAGGCACUCCUAUCAUGGUAGCAUAUAGCACUAGUGCGUUCGACACUGAUUCCUCUCAAACGAUAACUGGAUAUAGCUUCUUGCGUGGUACUCCUAUCAUGAAGAAAUACGAGAUUGAAAUAGCAUCCAUCUAGUGAAGCAAGCUGAAGUAACUGCCUUCCUCAUUUUCUUUCUUUCCCUCUUGCAAAAUGUCAUAUCUUUCAAUCAUGUACGUUACGUACACAGGCACAUGUUUUUCACUUUUUUGAUGUACAGCUCCUCAAACUAUG